UUUGGUUCCGGCGAUCGCGGUGCUAGAUGUGACCACUCCAACGCCAACUCGCCAAGCAAGCAACAGCAUCCAUGGCGGCGGCGCCUCCCCGUCCCCGUGUCCUGAUGCUGCCGUUCCCAGCGCAGGGCCAUGUCAUGCCCCUCUUGGAGCUGUCCCACCGGCUCGCCGAUCACGGCGUCGAGGUCUACUUCGUGAACACGGACUUGAACCAUGCCCGGAUUAUCAGGGCCAUGGAAGGUGGAGGAGACCAGGCCGGAGCGCGGCCCCCUGCCGCAGCCGGGAUCCACAUGGUCUCCUUCCCGGAUGGCAUGGCCCCCGACGCUGACCGCUCCAACAUCGGCAAGCUCGCCGAGAGCCUGGCGGCAGCGAUGCUCGACCACCUCGAGGAGCCGAUCAGGUCCAAGGAGAUCAGGUGGAUGGUGGUCGACGUGCCCAUGGUCUGGGCGCUGGAGCUCGCCGCCGCGGCGGGGGUGCGCGUCGCCUUGUUUCCGGCGUUCUCGGCUGCCGUGUUCGCGCUGAUGACGCACGCUCCUAAGAUGAUCGAGGACGGCAUCCUCGACGAAGAUGGUGAGACACGAACACUGCGAUUUUCAAGUCAUCCAGAAAUUCAAUUUGUAGCGCUAACAUCAAGGGACAUGCUUGGUGAUUGCUCAGGGAACGUAAAAAGGAACGAGAGGAUCCAGCUGAGCCCCAAGAUGCCGGCCGUUGACGCCGACGAGCUCCCCUGGAGCGGCGUCGGCAAGACGCCGACAGCACGGAGAGCCACCUUCCAGGCCGUGAUCAAGACCGGCGCGGCGCUCGCGAUCGCUGACAGCAUAGUCUGCAACACCUUCCAGGAAAUCGAGUCCGAGGCGUUGGCCCUCAUCCCGAAGAAGACGGUGCUGGCCGUCGGCCCGCUGGAGGCGCCCAAGGCCGCGUCGGCAGCCGGCCAUUUCUGGCCCGACGACCCGACCUGCCUCGCCUGGCUCGACGCGCAGGCACCCGGCUCCGUCGUGUACGUGGCGUUCGGGAGCCUGGCGGUCUUCGACGCGACACGGCUCCAGGAGCUCGCCGACGGGCUGGCGCUGGCCGGGCGGCCGUUCCUUUGGGUGGUCCGACCGAACUUCGCCGCCGACGGUGUCGUCGACGGCUGGCUCGACGAGUUCAGGCGCCGGGUCGGCGGUGGGACGGGGCUGGUCGUCGGCUGGGCUCCCCAGCAGCGCGUGCUCGCGCACCCGUCGGUGGCCUGCUUCGUGACGCACUGCGGGUGGAACUCGGUCAUGGAAGGGGCGAGGCACGGCGUCCGGUUCCUGUGCUGGCCCCACUUCGGCGACCAGUUCUGCAACCGGAGCUACGUCUGCGACGUGUGGCGCACGGGCGUGAGGCUCCGCGCCGACGAGCGGGGGGUCGUCACCAAGGAGGAGGUCAGGGACAAGCUGGAGCGGCUGCUCGGCGACGAGGGGAUGAGGGCGAGGGCAUUGUCGUUGAAGAGCGCGGCGCGUGCCAGCGUCGCGGGUGGAGGGUCCUCGCAUCAGAAUCUGCUCAGGUUUGUGAAUCUGCUGAGAGAACAAUAGGGGUGUGUCGUUGGGAUGCCGGAGCUGAAGGCGCCGCCGACCGAGGGACGGCGGGAUUCGUGGCUCCGACCAAGAUUGGAGGAGAACAGCCUUGCCACGGCGCCCGGCGGGCCGUCGGAGGGGCCGGUCAUCGUGCCGGUCUGCCAGA